GAGGAGCCUCUCUUAUCGGGCAGAUCCCUCCUCCUUCGCUGCCCCUUUUCUCCAUCCCUCUAUUUUCUCCAUUUUCUUUCAAUCAAUCAAACACCUUUUUCUGUCCUCUCUCCGUAGUCAUGAGCCUUUUCGGUCUCGGCAGGAAUCAGAGGACAUUUCGUCCCAAAAAAAGUGCACCCUCAGGGAGUAAGGGUGCUCAGCUAAGGAAACACAUCGAUGCUACUUUGGGUAGUGGAAACCUGAGAGAAGCUGUAAGACUUCCACCGGGGGAGGAUAUAAAUGAAUGGCUUGCUGUCAACACUGUGGAUUUCUUCAACCAGGUGAAUCUUCUUUAUGGUACCUUAACCGAGUUCUGUACACCAGAGAGUUGUCCAACUAUGACUGCAGGCCCCAAGUAUGAAUACAGAUGGGCCGACGGUGUGCAAAUCAAGAAACCUAUUGAAGUCUCAGCACCAAAAUAUGUCGAGUACUUGAUGGAUUGGAUUGAAUCCCAAUUGGAUGAUGAAUCCAUAUUUCCUCAAAAGCUCGGUGCACCAUUUCCUCACAAUUUCAGGGAUGUUGUGAAGACGAUAUUUAAACGCUUAUUUCGCGUAUAUGCUCAUAUCUACCAUACACACUUUCAGAAGAUUGUGAGUCUGAAGGAGGAAGCACAUCUAAAUACAUGCUUCAAGCAUUUCAUAUUGUUUACCUGUGAGUUCGGUUUGAUCGACAACAAGGAGUUGGCGCCACUUCAAGAGCUAAUAGAAUCCAUUGUUGUGCCUCGCUGAAAAACCGCUUCAUUUGAUCUAGCAGGAACAUAAUAAGAUGGUGCUGCUAAAGUGUCAAAUAGUUUAUGUUGUGCUUUUUUACUGUAUUUUUAUCAGCCCAUGAUGCAAAAAGUUGUGAUAUUUGAGUUAGAAACAUCUUAAUUUGGUUGCAUGAUAUACAAAUCAUUGUAGCUUCAUGAAUUACUUUGGUUUGAUUAGUUUUGACAGUAAUAUUUUCAUUCUGUG